AUGGCCUCCAGAAUGACUGUCAGAACCCCAUCCCCGCCGCCCGCCGAGGAAAUACAAGCUCCUUCGGCGCCUCGACACGGCUACCAAGACGAUUGGCAACCCUACCCCAAUGCCCGUCGUUCCACACGAAGCUCAGCUCAGCGCAACCGCACACCUUCACCACACUCCCUCCGUCAAAGGCCUCUUGCCUCACCGCGCGGUGCCAGAAGAGCCAAUAGCCAGAGCAACACCGCCAUGGUCUCUCCAAUUCCUUCCCCGCGCAAGAAGCGCCAGCCUCCCGUCAACACCAGCAACCGUAGUGUCUCCGGCUCACUCACGGCCAAACAGAUUGCAAACGCCGCCGCCGCCCUUGGCCCUUGCAACCCAGUAAAUCCCACUCUUCAUUCCUCUUCCUCUCGCGCCGGCGGCAUGCUACCUACUCCUUCAAAAACGCCAGCAAAGCCUGCCACUGAGAAGAAGACCGCCGAAAUUUCAGCCAUCGCCCGCGACCUCUUCCCUAGCAGCAGCUCAAGCUCGAGACGCAGGCCCAAGUCCUAUAACGGUCUCGGCAUGGACAGCUUUACCGCCCAGCAGGAAGAAGGGACUAUUGAAAUCUUCACCGACACCAAGGACUCGAUUCCCGAAGUCGACACCAGCGAGGCCAACCCCUUCUAUACCGGACCCUUCAAGCAAGUAGCCCAGAUGAGCCCCCGUCGCAGCCGUCGAAAGGUAGUCAUUCCCGGUGAGGGCUCCCAGUCGCUCGAUGAGGCGACCCAGCGCGAGGACGGCAUGGUAUACGUCUUCCGUGGGAAGAAGUUUUGGCGCAAAUUUUCCGAUGAUGAGGACCAAGAACUCCAAGAACUUGAUCAGGAAGCCCGCCUUGCGCAGCCACUUACUCGCUCUUCCGUCAAGCCGCGACUACUCUUCCCUCCCAAGCAACCGGAGCAGUCCGAGAUGGACCUAGAAGACGAGGAGGCCCCCACUGAUGUUGAAGACGAGGUCAUGGAAAGCAAGGCCGCCCAAAUUCCCCAAACGCCUGUCAAAAGCCGCAAAGAGACUGCAAAGACGCCCGACGCCCCGAGAUUUGCUCCCGUCUCUCCGCCUGAAACCAGAAGAACGACGAGAUCAGCCAACAAGCUCUUAAGUGAGGGGACGCCUAUCAAGAAGCCUAGACGCCAAUCAACCUUGUUUGAUACAUGGCCACGUACAAAGGAGCACAAGGCGGUACCCACCAAGCGAGCUGGUGACGGCCUUGCCUCUGCCCCUGCAAAGCGCACUCGCGCUUAA